CAUCCUUUCCUGCGCGCCAGGAAGUCAAGCUCUUGCAACAGCUCAUCUGCCCAAUGGGGGGCGGCAGCAUCCCAGAAACUCACUCCCUGAAGAUGUGUAGGUGGGAGGAGAGAUUCGCGUUCAAAGUCUUUUUGACUCUACCCACUCUCCGUAGCGCCUUAGCCCGCUCGAGUUUCAAUGCGCGUUGUUGCUGGACGAAGCUGAGUCCCAUAUACAGCCCGCUGCUCUCCUGAUCAUGGCCUCUUCGAAUUCCUUCACCUAUUAUUGCCCUCCAUCCUCCUCCCCAGUCUGGUCAGAACCGCUGUACAGCCUGCGGCCCGAGCACGCGCGGGAGCGGUUGCAGGACGACUCGGUGGAAACAGUCACGUCCAUUGAACAGGCCAAAGUAGAAGAAAAGAUCCAGGAAGUCUUCAGUUCAUAUAAGUUCAACCACCUUGUACCAAGGCUUAUUUUGCAGAGGGAGAAGCACUUCCAUUAUCUGAAAAGAGGCCUUCGACAACUGACAGAUGCCUAUGAGUGUCUGGAUGCCAGCCGCCCAUGGCUCUGCUACUGGAUCCUGCACAGCUUGGAACUCCUAGACGAACCCAUCCCCCAGAUAGUGGCUACAGAUGUGUGUCAGUUCCUGGAGCUUUGCCAAAGCCCAGAAGGUGGCUUUGGAGGGGGCCCUGGGCAGUACCCACACCUCGCACCCACCUAUGCAGCUGUCAACGCAUUAUGCAUCAUUGGCACUGAGGAGGCCUACGAGGUCAUUAACAGAGAGAAGCUUCUUCAGUAUUUGUACUCGCUGAAGCAACCUGACGGCUCUUUUCUCAUGCAUGUUGGAGGUGAGGUGGACGUGAGAAGUGCUUACUGUGCUGCCUCAGUAGCCUCCUUGACCAACAUUCUCACUCCAGACCUCUUUGAGGGCACCGCUGAAUGGAUAGCCAGGUGUCAGAAUUGGGAAGGUGGCAUUGGUGGUGUGCCGGGGAUGGAAGCUCAUGGUGGCUACACAUUCUGUGGCCUGGCCGCACUGGUCAUCCUCAAGAAGGAACGCUUCUUGAACCUGAAGAGCUUGUUACAAUGGGUGACAAGCCGGCAGAUGCGGUUUGAAGGUGGAUUUCAGGGCCGCUGCAACAAGCUGGUAGAUGGCUGCUACUCCUUCUGGCAGGCGGGGCUCCUACCCCUGCUGCACCGUGCACUGCAUGCUCAAGGUGACCCUGCCCUCAGCAUGAGCCACUGGAUGUUCCAUCAGCAGGCCCUGCAGGAGUACAUUCUCAUGUGCUGCCAGUGCCCUGCCGGGGGACUUCUGGACAAGCCUGGCAAGUCGCGUGACUUCUACCACACCUGCUACUGCCUGAGUGGCUUAUCCAUUGCCCAGCACUUUGGCAGCGGAGCCAUGUUGCAUGAUGUGGUCCUAGGUGUGCCCGAAAAUGCUCUGCAGCCCACGCACCCUGUGUACAAUAUUGGACCAGACAAGGUCAUCCAGGCCACCACACACUUCCUGCAGAAGCCUGUCCCAGGCUUUGAGGAGCAUGAGGAUGAGACAGAGCCUGCCAGCGACUAGAGGACCUACGUCCCCAAGCUCACCCACCUCCCCAGUCAGACAAGGUUUCUGCGUUUUGGUCCCUAGUUCAUUCUGUGCUACACAAGCCUUAGCCACCAUGGAGCUGUGGUUCUCUUUGUCCUUUCUUGUCAAACAAAACAAAACCAGUGGCUCUGGGUUUGGAGUACACAGUGGCGUGGUUUUUUAAACUCUUCUCACACCUGUCAAGCCAAAACUCUGUCAGCCCAUGUAGUGAGGUUGGGAACAGUGCAUGCUGGGAGGAAGCAGCCCCUCCCCACCCCCACCUCCAGCUUGGACAGUUGUACUGAGAUGCGGGUGCCUGAAUAUCCCAGGAUCCACAGCCACUGCUGCUACUCCCACCAGCAUGCCACCAUUAAGUUACCAGAUGGGUGCCCUUUCACCGGUGGAGAUCAAUCAGCUCCAUGCCAAGUUGGGGCUUUGGGCCUCACGCAAGUGAAUUUCCUGGAAAAGACCAUGUUAGGGCUGCUCUAAGAGGUGCUUCUGCCUCUUGCCUCCCACUCUAGUCAUUUUCAAGGGACAGGGGCUAGGGUAGAAAGGCCCCCCGCCUUGAAUUGAGUAAGAAUUCCUUACCCCCAACACUGGAAAACUGAGCCACACAUCUUUCCAAGACCAUGCUUGGUGCACAGGCUGCACCUUAAGUGUGGUGACGUAAACCUGGGUAACCAAUUAUGAGUGGAAAACAAACCUCUAGCUCAACUCUGGGCCAGAGGAAGCAACCCCCCGUAGCCAGCCCCUGCCCCUUCCCAUCAUGUACCAUGAAAAUUCCUGAAGCCUGCAGCCCGAGAUCCUUCUGUGUUUCCGUUUUUCUCCCACCAGACUCCCAGACCAUCCCAGACCAUCCUCCAAGACCGUGUUGUCUUUCCUCCGUGGUAACACUUCUAAGUCUUUCACCUUAGUUUAUGACCCAGGAUUUGGCCCCGUCCUGCCCACUCUAGGCUCACAGAAUUAAAAUCAAGUGCUAGACAGGUGAGCUGCUGUGGAGGCAUAGCCUCGGAAACCAGUGAGGGCAGGAUGAGUGCUGUCUGUGUGUGAGGCCUGUCACUGCCUCUGCUGCCCCUUCCAUUGAGCCCUCUCAUGGUCAGUGGAGUACUGAGGUCGGUUAUCUGUCUACUGCUGUGGUUACAGCAAGCUCAUGUCACUGCCCUGGCCUUUGUGUGAGCAGCAGUGGGCUGCAGGCAGACCAGAACUGGGAGAUGCAGCCUGAGGUUCUUCUCAAAAACACUGGCAAUUUGUUGCCUCUAAUUCCCUAUUGCUUUGGCGUACUGGGCUAUGUAUUACCUCCUUGAAGGAAUAAAGG